GCAAAACCUCCGCGACAUCUCGAACAGUUUGGUGAUUCAUUUUGGAGCGAUGGCCGGGAAAUGUCAAGCAAAACGAUCUGAAAACAGAUGGAUUAACACGCUUAACCUUUCUUAACAGUAUAAUCAUAGACUAACAGGAAUAUCGAGCAAGUAUGAAGUUGGUUAAUAAAGACAUCGAGAAAGAUAAUGCCGGUCAGGUGACGCUGAUCCCAGAGGAAGCGGAGGACAUGUGGCACACUUAUAAUCUGGUGCAAGUGGGGGACAGCCUGAGAGCAUCCACCAUCAGGAAGGUGCAGACGGAGUCAUCCACAGGCAGUGUGGGAAGCUCGCGAGUGCGCACAAUGCUCACCAUCUGUGUUGAGACCAUUGACUUUGACUCGCAGGCAUGCCAGCUGAGAGUCAAAGGCACCAACAUCGUGGAGAACCAGUAUGUCAAGAUGGGUGCCUACCACACCAUUGAACUGGAGCUCAACAGAAAGUUCACUCUUGCAAAGAAAGUGUGGGACAGCGUGGUACUCGAUCGCAUCGAGCAGGCAUGUGACCCGGCACAGAAGGCAGACGUGGCAGCCGUGGUGAUGCAGGAAGGUUUGGCCAACCUGGUACUGGUGACGCCAGCCAUGACACUGCUGCGAGCCAAAGUGGAGGUCACCAUUCCACGCAAGAGGAGGGGCAGCUGUGCUCAGCAUGAAAAGGCACUGGACCGAUUCUAUGAAGCUGUCAUGCAGGGAAUUCUGAGACACUUCAACUUUGACGUGGUGAAAUGUAUACUGGUGGCAAGUCCGGGUUUUGUUAAAGAUCAGUUCAUCACGUACCUCUUCAAAGAAGCGGUGAGGCAGGAGUGCAAGGUUCUGCUGGAGAACAGGCCCAAAUUCAUGCUAGUGCAUGCAUCAUCAGGACACAAGUACUCUCUCAAAGAGGUUCUGUCAGAUCCAGCCGUCACAAGCCGGCUAUCUGAUACAAAGGCUGCAGGUGAGGUAAAAGCUUUGGAGGAUUUUUACAAGAUGCUGCAACAUGAACCUGAUCGAGCUUUCUACGGCCUGGCACACGUGGAAAGGGCGAGCGAAGCGUUAGCCGUGGACAUCCUGUUGAUCAGCGAUCAGCUGUUCAGACAUCAAGACGUAGCCACUCGGAGCCGAUACGUCCGGCUUGUGGAUAACGUGAGGGACAACGGAGGAACAGUCAGAGUAUUUUCAAGCUUACAUGUCUCCGGAGAACAGUUAAAUCAGCUCAGCGGCGUGGCAGCCAUCUUGCGUUUCCCAAUUGCUGAUCUCUCUGACACAGAGGAACACAGCAGCUCUGAAGAAGAUUGAUGGAAAGAUUAGAUAAUCUUUAUAAUAAUAAUAAGAAGAAGAUAAAAUUUGAUAAAAUCAGAUAAUUGACAUGGAGUUUUUGGGUGCCCAAGAAAAGAAAUGGAAAGAACAAACUAAGCAAAUGUAGCUUUUGUUUUAAUUUCGACUGUAAAUAAUAUGAACGUUACUUUCAAUAAAACAGCUGCAGCAUUUGAAAAAUGUACAGAA